AUGGCUACGACAUCCGCUUCCAGUUUGUCAUCGAAAAAUCCACCGCUGCGCAAUCUACAAACAAAGGUGAAGGCGUUGAUGGAGAUGUUUAAAUCAAUAACCAUUUUUGCAAGCACUCUGGGGGAAGUUACUUCAGCUCAACAAAUCCAGGUUAGGCUGGAGAAACUGGACGAUUUAUGGGAUCGGAUCAACGACGCGCUGAUCGAGGUUGAGAUGCACGAAGAGUACUCGUCGAAAGAAGCAACAUGUUCCAAUAUACGGCAGGAUUUCACCACGAAGUACUACAACGCCAAGGCAUCUAUGUUGGAACGCAUCAAGGAACUGGAAGGAGGUGUCAGUGUUCUACAUUCCACCCGUAUGAUGGACUCGUCAAUUCAACCAACCAUCGAGCAUGUCAGGCUACCGCAAAUCAAGUUGCAAACGUUCGACGGUGACAUCGACCAGUGGCUGAGCUUCCGAGACCUGUACUUAUCCCUGAUCCAUACCAAGACGGACUUACCGGAGGUUGAAAAGUUCCACUACCUGAAGGGCUGUCUCACCGGCGAAGCGCGGGCUCUCAUCGAUCCGUUGGCACUUACGAGGGCGAACUAUCCAGUAGCCUGGGACAUCCUAAUGGCCAGGUACAACGACAGCAAGGUGUUGAAGCGCAGGCAGGUUGGAAACCUAUUCAAACUACCCAAGGUGGCUAAGGAGUCGGCCGUCGAUAUUCAGGCACUACUGGAAGGUUUCGAACGCGUCGUGAAAACCCUGGACCAAUUGGUAAAACCGGAAGAAUAUAAGGACCUGUUGUUGCUGGAAAUGUUGUGCUCCAGACUGGAUCCAAUUACACGUCGUGCAUGGGAAGAGCACAGUGCUCAUCAGGACCAGGACAAGGUGGUAGAUUUAACCCAAUUUCUCCAAACCCGCGUGAAAAUCUUGGCAUCGCUUCCACCUAAGGCUCACGAUAACAAGCAGGAAGGUUUUCAAUGGCCGAAGAAACCCAACGUAACCAGAACAAGUCACAGCGCAGCACAGAUGAUGGCCGGAAGUUGCAUUGCUUGUCCGGAAUCCCAUUUGUUGUACACCUGCCCUACGUUCCUGAAGUUGAGUGCUUCCGCUCGAGACAAGCUGCUGCGACAAAAUUCUCUCUGCAGAAACUGUUUUCGGCGUGGUCAUCAAGCUUCGGACUGCAGAUCGAACCAGGUUUGUCGCAAAUGCAAAGGAAAACACCAUACGCUAGUCUGCUUUCGCGUCGACAGUGCAGAAAACAACUAUACACGUCCAUCGCAACCUUUGGCAUCUGCUGCCAACAGUAAUCAAUCCGCUUCAGCAACCACCUCAGCCGUCAACUUAGGAUCCGUUUCAUCGAACAUGGCAAGGAAUCAUUCCUCAACCGUUCUGUUAGCUACAGCUGUCGUCUUAGUGGAAGACGAUGCAGGCAAGGUGUUCCAGGCAAGGGCUUUAUUGGACUCAGGCUCCGAAUGCAACUUCAUGACAGAAGGGCUCUGUCAACUUAUGAAGGUGUCUCGAAAACGGUCGAACAUUUCUGUUCUUGGAAUCGGUCAAUCAAAUACCACGGUCAAGCAUCAGGUGUCAGCGGUCGUACGGUCAAGAACAUCGGACUUUUCUCGGCCGAUGGAUUUCUUAAUAUUACCCAAGGUUACCGCGGAUCUACCGACAACAAACGUGACGGUUUCUGCGUGGAAAUUCCCGCAGGGCGUGGAACUAGCAGAUCCAGCGUUUUUCAAAUCAACAUCAUUGGAUGUGGUGCUAGGAAUACAGCACUUCUUUUCAUUUUUCCCGAGUCAGACCAAGAUUCCGUUGGGCGAAGGUUUACCCAUGCUGAUUGAGUCAGUGUUUGGCUGGUUGGUGACAGGUUCGGUAGAAAGUCAAGCUUCUUCGUCGCGCAUCAUCUGUAAUACGGCCUCCAAGGUGGAUCUGGAUGAACUUCUUACUCGUUUUUGGUCUUGUGAGGAGAUAGGGUCUCCGAACAAUUAUUCCCCGGAAGAGCAACGCUGCGAGGCGCAGUUUGCUCUAACCAAGUACAGAAGUUCUACUGGGCGAUACACCGUUGCACUACCGAAGGACGAAAAGAUAUUGGCAACCAUUGGCGAGUCGCGGGAGAUGGCUUUCCGUCGACUUCAGUCCCUGGAACGUAGACUGGAAAAGGAACCAGAGCUACGUCAACACUACCACGGUUUUAUGGCAGAAUACCUGGAGCUCGGGCACAUGCGUAGGGCGAAUGUGGGUCCCGAGAAACGUGUUUAUCUUCCUCAUCACCCGGUCAUAAAGCAGGCAAGCACAACAACCAAGGUGCGCGUUGUGUUUGAUGCAUCAUCCAAAAGCAGUAGCGGUAUAUCCUUGAACGACGCCUUAUUGGUUGGACCCGUAAUCCAGGACGAGCUUCGAGCUCUCAUCAUGCGUUGUCGGAUUUAA